AUCUUAAGACCCUCCCACCCCCCUUUAAACCGCUGAAGAGAUUAACCAACUAACAUCCCUGCUCAUGACGAUCUUGUGGGCAACUCUUGCCAGAUCAAAAUUAUCAGCAAACUGCGAAUUUUAACCCGUGGGCGUAGUGGAUUAUUAUUUUGGUUUUCUUGUCCAACUAAACAGCUGUCCAAACCCCUUCAUCCAAAGAAGGAGAGGCGGUGAGCGCGUCACAAAUUCCGGUAGUUCGUGAUUUUUUUGUCUUCGUUCCUGGUAACAAACACAAGAAAACCCCAAACUAGUCGCAGUCUGCGAGACCGGGCGGCGUCCUUAUACGAAGCUCCGGUUCACAAUAACAACUGUGCGUAGCUGUGCAUCACAGUUAACUUCUACUUAUUGUUUAACACGCAACACACGUGUGUGUGUAUGUAACCAUAAUAAUGUGGGUUGGUGGGUAACAAGGCGAUCGUCGUGAGCUGAUUCAGAAAGGGCCACACACAACCCACAUGGCUCCUGUAAACGUCGAGCGAACAACGUGAUCACGACGGAACAUGAAGAGGCAUCGGACAUUCAGUCUGUGAAAGAGUGGAUGGGUGGCUAUAGGGGAGGAGGAUUCUGGCAAGAGGACACUGCGAUUCAAAUGCAACACUUCAUCUCCACGGACGCUCUCGCAGGACGCGAGAUGAUGAGAGCCUAAGGGCCUGCACAGCCGCCACUGUCGUCACUCUCGCAGCUCCACGGUGACAAGACCACGACGAUGGCUCCUUUCACGACGUCGCUCCUCGCGUUCGCAGCGGCGGCGGCGGCGGCGGCGGCGGCGGCGGCAACGUCGAAAACGACGAUGCCAUUCCUACCGGGACCCCGGGAGCAUCCCGUGACGCGCCUGUGCCGCCCGUGCCCAGCCGGCGAGAUGGCGCUGGCGGAGUGCACCGCAUCCCGGGAGACCGAGUGCAUCCCCUGCCAGCCGGGCACCUACACGGACCAACCCAACACGCUGCACUACUGUCUGCUGUGCCGCGGCCCCUGCGCCGGCCUGGAGCGAGAGGAGUCACGCUGCGAGGCCGCCUCGCCCCGACGCUGCGUUUGCAAGCCCGGCGCCUACCUGGUCGAUGGGCGGUGCCAACAACACCGCGUGUGCCCGCCCGGGUACGGGGUGCACAGGCGCGGCACCAACGAGACGGACGUGGAGUGCACGCGGUGCCUCUCCGGCUACUUCUCGGUGGAGGUGCCGGGGGAGGCCGCCGCGGCUCGGUUCUGCCGGCGGCACACGAACUGCCGGGAGCGCGGGCUGAAGGUCCUGCGCUUGGGGACGAGGAAGAACGACACCGUGUGUGCCGAGAACGUGACGAUGACUCGCGGCCGUCCCACUCGCACCUCCCUGCUGUCGCCACCCCCCACCAAGCCCGGCGGAGCCGAUGACAAGCGCUAUGACGGUGCGAUGCCCUGGUACCACGCGUACGGCCACGUGGCUGUGGCCGUGGUCCUCGCCAUCAUCAUCGUCGUCCUCAUCGGAGUCAUCGUGUGGCUGUGCCGAUCCUUGAGGGAAAUUAAGCUGCAGAAAUUAUGCAACUCGGAUUCACCGGUGACGCACUGGUUGAUGGCGACCAAGAAAGAAGGUGACAGGGUCUACGUGCUCAAUGACGUGGCAAUCAAGAUAGGCGCCGACUGGAGCAAGCUCCUGGGACAGCUGGGCAUCAGCCAAUGGGCCGACUUCCAGCAGCAGCACCCGCACAGCGUUCACAUGCAGGCGCUGUCUGCGCUGGAGCACUGGGCCCGCGGGGACAGUAGGAGAUGCGUGGCCGACCUACGCCGAGGCCUGAAGCGAAUCAAUCGCAUGGACGUUCUGGACACUCUGGAUGACCUCGUCGAUCCGCAGCUGCAGCCCCAUCAGAGGGCGUGCAACGAAAAGAUAAAGCCAAGGUCUGCCAAAACGUCAGAUAAUUCAAAGCAGAAAACAAGCACCUUCCCAUCGAGAAAGGGCAAACAGGACUGCAUGAAACCUCUGUGCGAAUCGAAAUAAACGGAGGAAAUUGUAUAGGUAUGAACGACAGCAAGACUUAAUGAAGAAAGAAAACACAACUGUACACUGUAUUUACAUUUCGCGCCAUCGUCUCCGGAAUCCAAUGGGACAUCAAAAUGAUUUGCAGUGCGUUGGGUUAAGAUAAAGGUGCAGCCCUGCAACUGCUUGUUCAUGCUGGCGGAAGGUCCUCUACGAGAGACAUCCCUAGAGAGCGCCUCUAGAGGGUACUUGGCCUCCUCUUCUACACUUGCCAGACAUCUUGGAGGAGGUUGCAGAACCCACACUUAACACCACCAAUACUAGACCUGCCCGUUGACUAAAUUGUGAUGGAAAAAACGGGACCAUUUUCUCUAUUACUGAUUGCAAAAUGUGCUAGUUAGUCAGAGCAGCGUGACUUUGUGCGCAAUGGAGCUGCAAUACUACACUACUGUGCCACACUACCUGGUGACAUUGCUGUGUCAAACAGCUCAGGGACACUACUGCACCAAUCUUCUUGGUGACACUGCUGUCCCACACUGCUCAGAAACACUGCUGUCCCACACUGCUCAGGGCCACUGCUGUGCCAAACUGCUCAGUGACACUACUGUACCCACACUGCUAAGUGACACUACUGUGCCACACUACUCGUUGACGCCACUAAGCCAAACUGAUCAGGGCAACUUCUAUUGCCACACCGCUCGGUGACACUACCGUGCCAAACUACUUAGGGACACUGUUGUGCCACACCGCUCGGUGACACUACCGUGCCAAACAACUCAAAGACACUGUUGUGCCACACCGCUCGGUGACACUACCGUGCCAAACUUUUCAAGAGACGCUCGUGUAAAGGCACAGUCGCGAAUGCAUCUACGGUGGAACGCUACGACAAUUCGCAAACACCGGCACCUCCGCUCCGAGCACGCCGUGACUCAAUGGGCAAAGUGCACACGCAACCUUUCCGCAAGAAGGGGCAGAGAUAGAACACUUGUCACCCCCCCCCCCCCCGACACCGCUAUCUCAUUUGUUGCAUCGAUGCCCAUGCCAUCCGUGUUCAGCUACUUGCGUCGACCUAUCGUCAAGCACGAAAACCCAAGCCGGAACGCGAAUCUCAAAAUCAUCGGGGGGGGGGGCAGCACGUUCAUCGUCAUUUCUCGAAUGCACAUAAAAACUCCGACACGGAGAGCCAGUUCGCCUUUUUGCGCAACGGUGUUUGUUGUCUUGGUGCCUUCAAUCCUGUCCAGAUUUUUCAGACACCCUUCAGUCCCCUGUGCGUGCGCCUGUCCGACCGGAAUCAAACGCCAAUCGAGGUGUCCCUCGGUGUCGCUCACCGUGAUGAUUUGGUGCCCGUGGACUAGAGGCGAUGGUUUGGUUACCACCUGAGCAGUGCCGGAUUAAGCUGGUGCGGGGCCUGUAGCAUAUGUUAUAAAGCGGCCCUAAAUAAAUAACAAACAUUAAAACACGAAAUUUUAACCCUUAUAAUAUAGUAAUUGUAUUUUUUUCAUUUUCUAUACAGAUAAUACGAAAAAAUCGCUAACCUUAAACACCCAGUCGUUCAUAAAAGUUGAAGGCGGUAUAGUACUAUAGUAAUAGAGCAAGUGCAGAA